AUGGGCGGCGCGGCGGGAGCCAGUCUGGGCCCUCCUCCUUGCGGAGGGGAGAUGGGAGGAGCGGGGAUGAGCAUCCCCGGUCCCGGCUGGGCAGCCCUGGCCGCUCUCGCAAGCGGCGGGACCGACCCCGCGGCGGCGCGCAGCGAUCGCGCCGGGGGCGGCGGCGGCGCGGCCCGGCCGGAGGGAUGGAUGAGCGCUCGCAGCCGGGCUGGGCCCGCCCCUGCGUGCCGGGGCCAGGCGCAGAGCCGCACUGCAGAUGGACACAGCAGCAGCAAUGCUGCAGCACUGGAGGAACUGGACCCCAGCAGUGGCAGGCAGCCGCGAACAGUGUGCGCCCUGCAGGAGGGGGAGAGUCGUACCUUCACCUGCUGGGCUCCCCGGCCAGCCCCUGGUGCCACACUGGCCUGGUACCUCAACGGUGAGAAACAGGAAGUCAACCUCUCGACUGCAGACACUGCCAGCAUCCUCACCCUCACCGGCCAGCGCUCCGACCACCAGCUCAACUGCUCCCUGAGCCUCCCGACCUCCAGUGAGACCUACAACACCUCCAUCCUUCUCAAUGUGCAGUAUAAGCCAGAGAUCCUGCAGGAAGGUGCCCACUACCAGCAGGCUGAGGGUGCUGGCCUUCUCCUGGUGCUCUUUGUGCUGGUGCAAGCCAACCCGACUUCCAGCACCACCUGGGUGGACCAGGAUGGGCAUGUGAUGGCCAACACCUCCAAGUUUCUCCUCCUGGGUACCACAGGCUACCCAGGGCUGGCCAACCACUCACUCCACAUCCAUCUCAGCUGCACAGCUGGAAACCUCUCCAUCAGUGCAGCCAACAGUGUGCCCAUCACCACUGCCUCCUUCCUGCCCACAGGUCUGCUGGAUGCCCGUGUGGAGCUGCCUGUCCUGGGUGUUGCCAUUGGAGCAGCCCUGGCCCUAUCUGCCCUGCUCAGCCUGGGCUCCUGUGCUGCCUGCCUGGCAUGCCGCUUGCCCAAGCUCGUGCGAGGUCCAGGGCAAGCAGGAGGGAACAGCCAGUGCUCCCAUUGCAGCAGCUCUGAGCCCCCAGAGCCCCAGGGCACACGUCUGCCCCGCCAGACCCAGUCCCUGCCACCCAACCUGCGCCUCAGUGACCUUGCACAGGAAGAUGGAGGUAAAACCCUGAUGUGCCAGUACAGCAAGACAUGUGGGGCCAGGUCCUGGCUGGGUGAGGGAUAGAUGUCCUGGCUCUCAUUCCUUUGCUUCCCUGCAGCUUCCCCCAAGGAUGCAGGAGCCAGUGCUAGGGGAGAAGAACGUGCCCUGCUGGGAGUGGAAAACUCCCUGGUCCUCAGCAGGCUUGGUUUUGUCCAGCUCCCAAUGUCUGGGCGCAUCUACAAAGUGCCCAGCACGAGCAGUGACGAGAUCUGGCUGUGA